CCCGCCAGCCCCGAUCUUGCGAGCUCAAGAUGUUGGCGUCUUUCGCGGACGGCAGGGUCUCUAUGAGAGGCUAUACCAUCCCUCUUGGCAGAUCGCGGCUCUGCUGUGUGUUUUCUUCUUCACUCGAUCCAUCGGAAUGGACCGUCCUACCCACGCACAGGCCCCCGCGACUGUCUGCCCGUCGUCAGCUACAGACCAGCAAUCGCCUCAGCAUUGUAGUGGAUGUAGAACCGCCUUAACCUACUCCUCUCUUCGCCCGCUGUCAGCCAUCCGUCGAGAGCCUCGAUAAAGGCCAGCACGUCACCAUCGACCACCGUCUUGUCCCCAUCGCCGUUGAGCGAUGUUCGGAUGAAUGCCGGUAGGUAGGAAAGAGGAACACCCAUCCCCCCACAGCGGCUCAGCUUGGGGGCAUCCGCAGCACGCUCAAGGCCAGCAUGACGCCACUCUGACGGCCGGAAGACGUUUGUCAGGGCGAGGGUGCAGUCGAUCUUGGCGGUCCGCACGUUGGCCUGCAGCUCCGGGUGGCCGUGUGGGUGUCGGCGGCAGUAGAGCUUGGCUAUCGCACCGGCAGAAGUGCGGUCGUUCAGGCGCAGAGGGUAGCCCCACACGAUGGUCGAUGUGUCGUCGCCCGCCCCAUCCAGGAAGCCCCUGAGCGCCCCAGCAUCCAGGCAACCGCCAGCCUCUCUCGCCAGCAGGGCCACAAAGCCAUCAACUACUGUGGCGGCACCUCGGCAGGAAUCGAAGUCGAAAUAGAGCAGGACGCGGGUCGACCGAAGGUAUGAGGGGUCUCUGGCAUUCACGUCGCCGCGUAGCACGUCGUGAGGCUGCCGGGGAGGUCAUCGAGGGGCAGAAUGGUUGGGAGAAGGCUGGCAGGGGCCGAGGGGAUGAACGAAGUGACCAGACGCUGGUCGUCUGAGACCGUGAUGCGCCUCACGAAAGGGCCGCAUUUGGUCUGGAUCAGCUCAUACUGCCGGGCGGCAAGCAGGGACAUCUCCGUGGUCCUCAGUUGCAGCUUGAGCCCUUCGUCCAUCGCAUCGAUGUCGUCAUCCGUGAUGGUCAAAGGCAGCGCAUCGAUGUCACCCGUCCGAUGAAGCAUCGCCAAGUAGCCAGACCAUCGCUGCAGGCUCCUCUGCCUCUGGCGGUCCCGCAGCAGGCAGUAGACCACAAAAGUAAUGUUGGCAUGCCGCUGGACGCCGAAGCCGAGUGUGUUGCUGUCUUCGUCUUGGUUGAAAGCAUCAAUGAUUUGCCUCAGCUCGGUCUCUGGCGCAAUUCCGGUGCGGUAGUCUUGGCGAGCGACAGUUCGGAGCGUUGCGAUGGAGUCAAUCGGCAACAGCGCCAACACGGGAGUCUUCAGCACUUGAAGAAUGUCAGCCAGAGUCAUCGCCAUUGUUCUGUGUAUGAAUAUUUGCCUCAAUUGUGGUUCGGAAAGCGACCGAAAGCAUCCGCUCUGGUCGCU